GUUUUAGAUGUGGAUGUCGGAUAUCGGAUGGAGAUGCAAGCUCGGUGGGAACACGAGUUUCACAUCUGCGAAAAACUACCUACUGAUUCACACACAUGCAUUGAGUGGAAAGACUGUAUUACUCAGAGAGUUACGAACAGCUGUCAAUUUGUAUUGGUCGAGUAUUUACCGUUUUAAAAUGGCAGAAGAUUUGCAGAACUACAAGUUGCAAUUACAACAGGUGGAAGCAGCACUGCAAACAGAUCCAGAAAAUGAAGAGCUUUUAAAACUUAAAAGUGAUUUGGGAGAAGUCAUUACACUAACUCGUGAUUUGAUACACACGCAACUAGAAGAGCAGCAUAAAUCUUCAUAUGUUGAGCCUUCUUCAACUAAAACUGCUUCGGCAAAUUACUUUGACGAAAUUGAAGCUGCUCUUUUAGAAGCAGAAAAAUUAGUUUCAGCUGCAAAAAUUUGGAAAGUUGGCGACAAAUGUCAAGCUAAAUGGAAAGAGGAUCGACAGUAUUACGAUGCAACUAUAGAGGGAAUAUCAAGCGAAGGAGAAGUAAAUGUAAUAUUUGAUGCAUAUCAAAAUCGUUCGACAACAAAUGUCAACGAACUCCGAGAAUGCAGUACCCGCAACGAAGUUUUCCCUUCAAAUAAACGUCACAGGCCAAACCAAAAAGAGUAUUUAAAAAAAAGAAAACAAAAGAAACAACAGCGCUUCAAAGACUUGGAGGAGGAACGUGAAUCAGACAAAAAUAAAUGGCUGAGUUUUACAAAUAAAAAUCAAAAGAAAACUGGAAUAAAGGUGAAAAGUAUAUUUGCAUCUCCGGAUAAUGUAAGUGGCCGAGUUGGAGUCGGCACAUGUGGAACAGCCGGAAAAGGCAUGACUGAUUUUACUAUAGGCGAAAAAUAUAGAAAAGGUCUUUAAAUGUAUAAAUGCUCUAUUGUUUCCAAGUAAAUAAAAACAAAAAACUGUGA